AUGCUCAAGUGGCCGCGUCUCGUGGCGUCGGUUUUGACGCCUUCUACCUCGUGUGCUCUAUCGUCCGUGUCUGCCGAAGUACUCGACGAACUUGUGGGGCACGCUAGUGAGCCUACUGUGCGUCGUUCUGCGCGUCAAUUCGACGUCUUUUCACGGCCGUUGCCGAUUGAGCGUCGAGUGGAAAGAGUCCCGGACAUCCAUGGGACAGCAGUGGUCCAUCCGCACGCAGAAGUCGGACCCAACGUGGUCGUGGGCCCGUAUUCCGUCGUGGGCCCAGGCGUGGUACUUCAAGAUGGGGUUCGUCUGCAAAGUCACGUCGUGAUUGACGGCAAAACGCGCGUCGGCCGUGGUACAGUAGUGUACCCAUUUGCAAGUCUAGGAGGGGAACCGCAGGACAAGAAACACGAUCUCGACUUUGCAGCAGCAGCAGCAGAAGCAGCACACCAAGUGAACGACUGGACGCUCACGAUCGGUCGCAAUUGUGUUAUCCGAGAACGUGUAACCGUCCAUGGUAGUACAUCGUACUCGCAUUGUCCAACGACUAUUGGCGAUGAUUGCUGGCUGCUCUGUGGUGCGCACGUUGCGCACGAUUCCCAAUUAAAGACACGAGUUGUCGUCUCGAAUAACGUGUGCAUUGCUGGACACGUGGCGAUUGGGGACGGAGCAGUUAUUGGGGGACAAGGGGGACUGAAGCAGCACGUGACUGUAGGUCCACUGGCUAUGGUAGGCGGGCAGAGUGCAGUGGAUGGGGACGUACUGCCGUAUGGCUUAGUCAUGGGCAAUCGGGCGAAGUUAGUCGGAUUGAAUCUCGUCGGCUUACGGCGUGCUGGAGUUCCACGAAGCCAGAUCAAGUUAUUGCUGCAAGUGUAUCGCUAUAUUUUUCGUCGUGGCUGCGGGAACACGGGCUUUGCUCCUGCACUUGAUUUAACUUAUAGGGGAACAGUGGUCGAACGCGCCGUGGAGGCAAAACAGUUUCUAAUCAGAGAAGGGAUGGAUAGUCGACAGAUACCCAUGGUCCACGAGAUGGUGGACUUUGUCGUGACUUCGUCACAGCGCUUUCGUUCGUCUUUGUGUCACGCGGCGAUCGCAACCCGUUCAUGCUAG